CCGGACUAAGCAGAUCCUUCCCAAGAAGAUAUGAUAAACUUUCCUGGGAAGAAUACCAAUCUUUGGGAGAAGGAAGCUACCUUGGUGCUGGAAAACCAGUUUCCUAGGUGAAAGCUAGGAUGGAAACGUUAAGUUUUUUCCUACUUCCAUUGCUUGGUAGCUUUGCUCUUGCAAUUCUCAUUAAUGCUCAGGAUCAAACAGGUUUCAUAAGUUUAGAUUGUGGGUUACCAGAAGAUUCAAGCUAUUCUGAACUUAAAACGGGCAUUAAUUAUACUUCAGAUGCUCAAUAUAUAGACACUGGCAUUAGUAAGAGAGUAUUACCUGAAUUCAAUUUGGAAAAACAGCAACAGAUGUACAACGUUAGGAGCUUCCCUGAAGGGGCCAAAAACUGUUACAACCUAAACUUGGCUAAGGGUGAACAGUAUUUAAUCAGAGCAUCGUUCAUGUAUGGAAACUACGAUGGAAAAAAUGAAACCCCACACUUUGAUCUGUAUCUUGGACCUAACUUGUGGUGUGCAGUGUUAUUACAAAAUGCGUCAGCUUCCAAAGCCUUUGAGAUCAUUCACACCCUCCAGUCAAAUCACUUGUAUGUUUGUCUUGUAAACACCGGCAAAGGGACACCAUUCAUAUCAGCAUUAGUGCUAAGGCCAUUGAAGAAUACAAUUUAUGAAAGUCAAACUGGAUGGCUGGAGCGCUUCAGAAGAUAUGAUGUUGGUUCAACAGCUAGCAAAGGAUUCAGAUUUAAAGAAGAUGUUUAUGACCGUUAUUGGGAGCCUUUAGAUAGGUAUGAUUGGACACAGAAAACAACUGAACUUUCCAUUGACCCUGGAAAUGACAAUGAUUACCAACCACCAUCCCUUGCAAUGAGGACUGCUGCAGCGCCUGAUGAUGAUCGUAGUCAGUCAUUAGAUUUUCCCCUUGGCACAAUGGACUCAGAUGCCAAAUUUUAUGUCUACAUGCACUUUGCUGAAGUAGAAGAGCUAGAAUCUGAAGGGCCAAGACAAUUGAUUGUCUCUUACAAUGACUCUCAGUUUGAGCCUUUUAGUCUUGAGUAUUUGAAGGCAACCACUAAAGUCUUCAAGGUUGAAUUGAAUGGUGGACAGGAAGGGAGCCUUUCAAUCUACAGUGCAGAAGAUUCAACCCUUCCACCUAUUCUUAAUGCCAUUGAGAUUUAUAUGGAAAAACAGUUCUCAAAGUUACAAACAGCUGAACGAGAUGUUGAUGCUCUCUUGAAUAUAAAAUCAAUAUAUGGAUUGAAGAGAAACUGGCAAGGAGAUCCUUGUGCUCCUUCAGCAUACCUGUGGGAAGGUCUUAACUGCAGCGAUAAUGAUGCGCCUAGAAUCAUAUCCUUGAAUUUAUCUUCCAGCGGCUUGACAGGAGAAAUACCUCCUUAUAUAGCUGAUUUCAUUGAAUUACAAUAUCUGGACUUAUCAAAUAAUAGGUUGACUGGAUCAGUACCUGAGUUUCUUUCUCAGCUGCAGUCCCUGAAAGUGCUAAAUUUGAAAGCAAACAUGCUCAAGGGUUCAGUUCCAGCCAAACUAAUUGAAAUGUCAGAAAAUGGUUUACAACUAAGCGUCGAAGGAAAUCCAGAUCUUUGUGCUUCAAUGUCAUGCAAGAAGAAAAGUAUCAAGAAUGUUGUUGCAGUGGUAAUCUCAUCUUCACUUUGGGUCCUCAUAAUUGGAUUGGGUAUCAUUUGGAGGCUUAAAAGGAGAAAAGUUACAGCUAGUGGUGCUAGAAAUUACCACUCACUGGGGCCAAGGAAUCUACAUGUAACAUACUCUGAGGUCCUAAAGAUCACAAAUAAUUUCGAGAGAAUUCUUGGUAAAGGAGGUUUUGGAACAGUUUUUCAUGGCCACUUAGGUGACACUCCAGUGGCAGUGAAGAUGCUUUCUCAUUCAUCACAUCAGGGAUACAAGCAAUUUGAAGCCGAGGUUACACUUCUCUUGAGAGUUCAUCACAGAAAUUUGAUAAGCCUUAUUGGAUAUUGUGAUGAGGGAAACAACUUGGGGCUAAUUUAUGAGUACAUGGCCAAAGGAAAUCUAGCAGAGCUUCUUUCAGAGAGCAGCAUUGAUAUCCUGAGUUGGGAGCAAAGGCUUCAAAUAGUGGUGGAUGCAGCAUCAGGACUGGAAUAUUUGCACAAUGGCUGUAAACAGCCCAUAAUUCACAGAGAUGUGAAGUCUACAAACAUUUUACUGAAUGAAAACUUCCAAGCUAAAAUAGCUGAUUUUGGUAUGUCCAAGCCCUUAUCCAUGGAAGGUGACAGUGACAUGUCAACAGUUGUUAUUGGUACUCCUGGAUACCUUGAUCCGGAGUAUUAUGAAACACUAAGGUUAACUGAGAAAAGUGAUGUUUAUAGUUUUGGGGUUGUCCUUUUAGAGGUCAUUACAAACCGGCCUGUGAUUUCAAAAACUGUUGAGAAGACUCACAUUAGUGAGUGGGUUAGAUUCAUGCUGUCAAAGGGUGAUAUCAAAAGCGUUGUUGAUCCAAGAUUGAAUGAAGAUUUUGACGUUAAUUCUGCCUGGAGAGUUUUAGAAGCAGCAAUGGCCUGUGUGUCUUCAAAUUGCGCAGAAAGGCCUACAAUGAAGAAUGUGGUGGCUGAACUGUGCGGCUGUUUAGCAACCGUGAAAGCAAGGAAGAAUGUAGGGCAUGAAAAUGAAUCAGAAAACUCAGUGGGCAUAGGGACCGUGCCCCUGAAUUCCAUCAAUGGGAUGGGUUCUUUGGUUAGGUGAUCAUGCAAACUUACUUGUAUAGCAAUUAAUAAAUCUAGAGACUGAAUUGAGUGCUUAGCAAGAUUAAUUGUUAAUUGUUGCUACGUACAUAUUUUAUGUGUGUACUGGGUUUUGAUGUCUUAUUGCUGUAGUUUAUGAGAUCUAGAGUAAUAAUCUCUGUAUCAUGGU